CGGGGAGCGGCGGCGGCGCGGCCAUGGCGAACCGGACGGUGAAGGACGCGCACAGCAUCCACGGCACGAACCCGCAGUACCUGGUGGAGAAGAUCAUCCGCACGCGCAUCUACGAGUCCAAGUACUGGAAGGAGGAGUGCUUCGGCCUCACGGCCGAGCUGGUGGUGGACAAGGCCAUGGAGCUGCGCUACGUGGGCGGCGUGUACGGCGGCAACAUCAAACCCACGCCCUUCCUGUGCCUCACGCUGAAGAUGCUGCAGAUCCAGCCCGAGAAGGACAUCAUCGUGGAGUUCAUCAAGAACGAGGACUUCAAGUACGUGCGGAUGCUGGGCGCCCUGUACAUGCGGCUGACSGGCACCGCCAUCGACUGCUACAAGUACCUGGAGCCGCUCUACAACGACUACCGCAAGAUCAAAAGCCAGAACAGGAAYGGGGAAUUUGAACUGAUGCAUGUGGAUGAAUUUAUUGAUGAACUGCUCCACGAAGAACGUGUGUGUGAUAUCAUUCUGCCUCGAUUACAGAAACGAUAUGUUCUGGAAGAAGCUGAACAACUUGAACCUCGUGUUAGUGCUUUGGAAGAAGACAUGGAUGAUGUGGAGUCGAGUGAGGAAGAAGAGGAAGAAGAUGAAAAAUUGGAGCGAGUACCCUCUCCCGAUCACCGCAGAAGAGGCUACAGAGACCUGGACAAACCCCGCAGAUCUCCUAUUGUGCGAUACAGGCGGAGCCGAAGCAGGUCUCCAAGAAGACGAAGCCGUUCUCCGAAGAGAAGAAGCCCCUCACCACGCCGGGAGAGGCAUCGCAGCAAAAGCCCAAGACGGCACCGGAGCAGAUCCAGGGAGAGGCGGCACAGAUCAAGAUCUAAAUCUCCAGGGCAUCACCGUAGUCACAGGCACAGAAGUCACUCUAAGUCACCUGAAAGAUCUAAGAAAAGCCACAAGAAGAGUCGCCGAGGGAAUGAAUAGAGAACUAAACCGAGCAGGCAUUUUAGGGACCUUGAACUGCAGUCUAAUACU